CAGUCAAAUCCGCUCGCCCGUUCGCUCGUUCGCCCGCCCGUCCGUCCCCCGAAAUCCUCUUCCGCAAGCCGAUGCCCUAGGCCCCCCGGCGGCGCUCCGCUCCCCCGCCCCGGCAAAUGGCGGCCCCCGACGAGCCCCCGCCGCCAGAGCGCAACUGGCUGGAGCUCCCGCGGGAGAUCGCGACGACGAUCCUCCUGAAGCUUGGCGCCGUCGAGAUCCUCACGACCGCGCAGCUGGUGUGCACCGCCUGGCGCGCCCUCUGCCUGGACCCCGCCAUGUGGCAGAUCAUCGACAUGCGCAACGACGAGGACCUGCCGGACUGCGACUUCGCCGACAUGUACCGCCGCGCCGUCGACCGGAGCCGCGGCGGCUGCCUCGAACUCAACAUCGAGCACUUCGGCGACGACUGGCUCCUCCAGUACGCCGCCGACCGGUGCAAUCAUAUUAGACGGCUACGACUUGUAUAUUGCAGUAACAUUUCGGAUGAGGGUCUGUGUGAAGCAGCCUCAAAACUUCCUAUGCUGGAGGUCCUUGAAUUAUCUUAUUGCUCAUUCUCAAAGGAAGCCAUAGAGACUGUUGGACAAUGUUGUCCCCUUCUGAAAUCCUUCAAAUUGAAUAGCCAGGGAUAUAGAUAUCCACACAUAGAAUGUGAUGACGAAGCACAAGCUAUAGUGAAAAACAUGCAUGGAUUACACCACCUCCAACUCUUUGGGAAUAAGAUGACAAAUGAAGGUCUGAAGGCGAUUCUCGACAGUUGUCCUCAUCUUGAGUAUCUCGACUUGCGUCAGUGCUUCAAUGUUUAUAUGGGUGAUUUGGGGAGAAGAUGCACCAAACAGAUCAAAGAUUUAAGGAAUCCAUAUGACCCCACAGAUGACUAUGAAUUUGAUGCUGCAAUUCUCGAUGACGAGUCCUUUGAUGAUGAUUACCCAUCUGGGUUUUCUGACAUUGAUUUGUCUGAUUAUGAUAACUACUAUGAAUUCUCUGAUUAUGACGACUUCUCUGUAUAUGGGUUUGACGAGUAUCAGUGAUUUGCUGGUUGACGCGCUUGCAUGGUGAAGUUUCUUUAUGGUUGCUGACACUUCGUACCAUGGUUCGAGGCAGAGAUGGUUAAGCGACCAUCCUGCACGCCUUCUGGUGAAGCUUUUGACCUGAACUUCGCAAGUGGGAGUCUUUCCUUUUUUUGUUGAUGAAGAGAAGCGCUCAUAGAUCGGCGCUCCCCUUGAAGUGCAUUCUUUUGUUCCUUUCGUUCUAGUCUCUGCAUCUUUAUCUCCAGAACAUGUUAUCUAUGAGCUUCUGCAUAUAUAGUUCUAGUGCCUAGUCUUAUUUUGGUAUCUGUGACUUUGGUGUGCUAACUCCAGCUGGCCAUGAUAAUGAACUUCAUAGCUGAUAAACCAAUAUCAGGCUUCAUUGUGCGGUUUUGCAUAAAAUUCACAAUGCUGUUACCUAUAAUGUUAUUCAGAAAAUCGCUUUAAUCGUUCC